AUGUCGAGCGAACACAUCAUCCCGGGACGACCCAAUGACCACGAAAAAGCCGCCGACGACCCCAAACCAGACAGCCUGUACGAGGCGUACGAGAUCGAGCUCCAGAGCUCGGCGGGCGGCAGCAUCCGCUUCGGGGACUUGAUCGCCGGCAAGGGGUCGAAUAUCACGACCUUGGUGAUUUUCAGUGCCGACAGCCUGCUCGCCUCCCUCCCCGACCCAGGCAGCGGCGGCCCCUGCCAGGUCAUCAUCAUCGGCUGCGGCGACCCCGCCCGCAUCAUCCCCUACGUCGCCGAGACCGCCGCCCGCUUUCCCGUCUACACCGACCCCACCGGCCGCAUCUACUCGGAGCUGCGCAUGAACCGCUCCGUCCGCGGCAUCACGCGCCCGCCCGCCUACACCGAGGUCUCGUUCGUGCGCGCCCUGGGCCGGACCCUGCGCCAGAUGUUCUCGGCCGGGGGCUGGCGGCGUGCGUUCCGCGGAGGGCCCUGGAAUUUGAAUGGCGGGGAGUGGGUGUUCAAGGGGGGACGGUGCGUGUAUGUCCAUCGGAUGGAGAGUGUGGGCGAUCAUUUGACGGCGGGGCAGUUGUUGGAGGCUUUGGGGGAGGGAGAG